CUGAAGUGAAGAACUUAUUUGACAAUCGACAGGUCAUGCGACGCUGUCUGUGCCCUGAUGUAGAGGCGAAAGAUGGCAGGACGAGAGUCAGACAGGAACAGAGGUGAUGUGACGAUGUGCCCUCAGCAGAGAGCUCGUUAUCAGGCGUACAGCGAACCGUCGAAAGAAGCGCAGGGAUGGAUGGCAGCGGCGAGACAGCGCGUGUCCGCGCAAAUAAUAAAUAAAAAAUUCCGCCAGAUCAACAAUCCCGCUGCUGCUGCUGAUGCGCGUCAUAAUCAACUCACCGCGCAAUUAAAAGCCGCUGAGGCGCGGAAUCGGAUCCGACAACUGAGGCUGCGCUAUCAAGACCUGAGGGCUCAGGAAAUUAACUUAAUGAUUUCAUGCCAGUGCAACGCACAGAGGGCUGUGCGCCUGGAAAAAUUACUACCAGUGAGAGAGAGGAAGAUAAACCACACAGACAGCAUGGACCAAUUACAGAGACAAAGAGUGGAGGAGAUCCUAGGGGAUGAAAAGGGUCUGACCAUCCACCGCAGAUAAGUUUGUUCUCAUCUGCAAAGGAAGAUGAGACAAAGGAACAUAUUUCCUGAAUGCUCUGUCUUAAAAAUACUGUAUAUUGUCAAUAGACCUUUUUCACACUCCGGGUUUUGGAACGUGGAAGUAAACGUUUGCAGGGUAAACUUUGACAGCAGUGAAUGGGAUUCAAUGGGAGAUCACAGCAAAUAUUAUUUUAACUUACCCAUUUGCUCCAAGACCAAAAUAAAAAAAUAACUCUUACGUUUUAAGGACUUUCCAGAAGAGGAAAAAAAAAGAGAGCGGUGGAUUAAGACAGUAAAAUAGGAGAAGAUGACAAAUUUACUGUCACUCUCUCAGCAGCUGUAAUAGAAACCCCCUCGCAGCUGUGGUAAAUUGUUUUUUAAAAAUAAUUCCAGGGUAAUAUAACACAAAGAAUAAUGUUAUAAUUUUACACUCAACGUUUAAAAAAUGUAUAAUAUAAAAAAAUAGCAAGAUUCACGCUGCUAAAUAAGGCGGAAACGUGCCGUCACAGUCUGUGUAAAAGGUCUAUUAGAGUUCAUGCUGAUUUCAUGUUGACCUUUCAGCCAUUCUGUUUUGUGAGAAAAGUGCUAACAACUUUUCUGUUCAGGUCAGAAAAUACCUGGUUGCGAUAUUCAGCACAGCUCCUUUUUGAUUAUAAACGUAAACAUUGAGAUAGGCUUGUUCUUUUUUAGUAGCAUUUCAUCUGGAAAGAGUGCCAACUAUAUGUCAGUGGUGGUACUUUUUUAUGUUUUUACAGAAGCAAUACAGUAAACCCUUCAUUUUGAUUGAAAAAGGUAAUAAUUGCAAUACUUACAUUGUAUCUGUUUGAAACAAAUACAGAAUCAUGGUUCAGGGUUGAGUUAGCACAUGUCAGUG